CUCUUCCGUUCUGCCUCAAAUCUUAGUUACUUGCCUUCCUUUGCAUACACAAAAUGGAGACUACCAACAAACUCAGUAACCCAAAUCCAAUGCCGCAAGUGAUCGACCCGACUCCAACGCAGCAACUGAUGAAACCAUCAGCAAUGCAGCAAGCGAACCCAGGUUCGCAGCAGGUGAUCAACCCAACUCCAAUGCAGCACGAAGUAACCACCAAGAUCAACCCAGUUCCCUUACAUCAACUGACCAGGCAUGAUAGGAGCAUGAUAACCAUGUCUGAUGACAACAUCAUGAUGAAACAAAUUCACGCAACCCAUGCUCCUGAUGGCCGAGAGUUUGAUGUUAAGCCUCUUUUCCAACUCGUGGAAGACAUCCUGAAUCGGGCUACACCGGGUGUUGAUCCCUUAAUUUCGGAUGCCCAAACACGCAUUGAAACUUCUGAUGAUAGGACUCAUCAAGCCAGUUUCAUUGCUUUGCUCGAAGCACUGUCGUUUACCAUCGAUCGAAUUGCCUGCCAGAUAGCAUACAAGAGUUUGGGCGGAGGUGACGCUCAUGCAACAACACUCUCUAUAUUCGACCUGUUAACAAGCUAUUCAUGGGAAGCAAAGCUGGUGCUAACCCUAUCAGCUUUUGCUGUGACCUAUGGUGAAUUCUGGCUCCUUGCUCAGAUCUCCUCAUCCAACCAACUUGCGAAAUCAAUGGCAAUCCUUAAGCAAGUGCCCAUCGUCUUGGAGUACUCUGGUAUGCUGAAACCACGGUUUGAUGCUCUUAACAAUCUCAUCAAGGCUAUGGUGGCAAUUACCAGGUGCAUUAUUGAGUUCAAGGAGCUCCCGCCCAUGUACAUUAGCCAGGAUGUAUCAGCAUUAGCAACAGCAUUGACCCAUAUCCCCACUGCUGUUUACUGGACCAUCAGGAGUGUUGUGGCUUGCGCAACUCAGAUUACAACCCUCACUAGCAUGGGCCAUGAGUACUGGAUAUCUGCUACAAAUGAGGCAUGGGAACUGUCCACCUUGGCUCACAAGAUCAAUAGCAUACUGGACCUUCUGAAGAAGCAACUUACUCUUUGUCACCAAUACAUAGAUGAUAAGAGGAGUGCUGAAGCUUUUCAAACGCUUCUGAAUCUCUUUGAGAGUUUUCAUAUUGACAACAUGAAGAUUCUCAGGGCACUGAUUUCUCCCAAGGACGAUGUGCUGCCACUGCUUGAAGGCUCUACAAAGAGAAGGGUUAACAUAGAUGUGCUGAGGAGGAAGAAUGUUUUGCUGCUUAUAUCAGGUCUAUCAAUCUCCCAAGACGAGCUUUCAGUUCUGGAACAGAUCUAUAAUGAGUCUCGAGUCCACGGGAAUAGGAUGGAGUAUCAGUACGAAGUUGUGUGGAUCCCAGUUGUGGACCGCUCAGUCGUGUGGACAGAUGCCAUGCAAAAUCGGUUUGAGACUCUGCAGGCCACAAUGCCAUGGUAUUCAGUCUACACUCCUACACAGAUUGAUAGGGCAGUCAUCAGGUUCAUCAAGGAGGUGUGGCACUUCCGGAACAAGCCCAUCCUUGUGGUGCUAGAUCCACAAGGAAAAGUGGUGAGCCCUAAUGCAAUCCACAUGAUGUGGAUAUGGGGGAGUACCGCCUUCCCGUUCACCAGUUUGAGAGAGGAAGCUCUGUGGAGGGAAGAGACUUGGAAGCUUGAGCUGCUGGUGGAUGGUAUUGACCCAACCAUACUGAACUGGAUCAAAGAAGGAAAAUACAUUUACUUGUAUGGAGGAACUGACAUGGAAUGGAUCCGAAAAUUCACAACCACCGCACGGGCAGUUGCAUCGACUGCACGGAUCCCCUUAGAGAUGGUGUACGUGGGAAAGAGCAAGAAAAGAGAGCAGGUCCGGAAAUGCACAACUGCCAUCACUUUGGAGAAACUCAGCUACUGCUGGCCAGAUCUUGCCAUGGUCUGGUUCUUCUGGAUCCGACUGGAAAGCAUGAUGUUCUCCAAGAUCCAGCUGGGGAGUACUGUCGAUGUCGACCCUAUGCUGCGGGAAAUCAAGAAACUGCUCAGCUACGACAAGGAAGGAGGAUGGGCUGUACUAAGCAAGGGAUCUUUUGUAUUCGUCAAUGGCCACAGCAGCACUGUUUUGCCCACCUUUACCCAGUACAAUGCAUGGAAAGACGACGUGCCCCCAAAGGGCUUCGACAUAGCUUGCAUGGAUUUCCAUAAUAAGCUCCAUGGCGAAUCUCAGCCCUGCUGCCGCUUUGAGUUCCCGAGCGAAUUUGGAAGGAUUCCAGAGAACAUCAAGUGCCCAGAGUGCCUCCGAAUCAUGGAGAAGUACAUCACUUUUGGGUGCUGCCAUGACGAGAACGCCAUAAGCGCACACUACUAAGCCUCUACUUCUGUUUUUCAUAUGAUGCAUGCAUGUUGCCUGCUACUGAAAUAAUUUCAUGCGCGUGUUUCUUUAUUUUGUUUUCUUUGUUUUCUCCUUCCUGUUUUUCCUCGUGAUGUAAUAAAAUUUGAUUGCCUCAUUGCAUCCACAUGAUAUGGAAGGAAGCGACCUUGUAAACUUGAGGUGCUGGUGAAUGCUAUUAUCCAUCGAUUUCCAUCUA